AUGGGAUGCAAAUCGGGCUGCUGUGGCCCUCCGGUCACAGAGCCACCCGCUACUAAAGUAUCAUCUCAGGGUGAUACUGAAAGUUGCAGUGCUCAAGACAAGGCGGCUGUGGCUGGACGAAAGGAUGGAGAACCAGCAAUCAACCAGCAAUCGGGCAGCUGCUACGCUUCCGGUAUUUGCGAAGAUGGCAAAAACAACAAUGACGAUGAUGCCCCCGACUGCUGCCGUGGCAAGAUCAGUCCCUGCUGCAGUGCAGCUUGUAUUGACCGUCUUGCUAUGCGCGACUGCAGGAUGAGCUUUGAUACCAAAGAGGGUAAGCGACUAACCUUGCCAUAUGAUGCAGAAGACGUGUUUGCUAAUACCGCAUCAGCUGGAACGGGUUGCGGCAACUCUACCCAUAACUGCGCUGGCGCAACCGACGGCAAGCCAUGCAGCAAGCACAGCAUUUCUGCUCUUGACCGCUACGGUGCAACUCUUCAAGCUCUAGGGUGUCUUUGUCGCACUCUUAUUGCUAUGGGCCAGGAAUCUUGCUGCGAGACCUGGGGUAGCCCGGCUAAGAAGUUGUCUCCUCGUUCUCUCCUACGCACUUCAAUCGACUCUGGCCGCAGUACAGGCUCUGUCGCCAAAGAAAAGGCUGUAGAGAACCGAUUCCGUCUGCGAAAUCGCUCCACUGAGACUGUAAAAUCUGCCAGUCAACCAUCGGUUAAGAAGAGCUGCGUUAAAGCAUGUUGUUCAGUGGCCAAGCCAGACAAGGACGCUAUUACUAAAGAUAAAUGCGGGAAGGGGUGUUGUGCAAAAGACAAUGUCAAUGAUCAACAAAUUGUCCUUGAGAAACCGAACCAAAAGCUUCCUGACGACCUUGCUGGUAUGGGCGGAUGUCUCGACACCUGCUGCUCCCAGAAGCCUCUGCCCCAACAGCAACCCGUUGACCGAGAUGAUAGCAAGGUUGCCAAGAAUUUCGUGACUACGGAUACUAGUUGCUCUGACUUCUAUUACACAGCUGGGUGUAAAGAGAACCCUGUUGCCAAAAACUGCCCGGUCACAGAGGUUAAUAACUCUGCAGUAAAUGGAUGGUCAAAGUCUUGCCAUGCGACCAAGACAGGAGAAAUUGUUGGGAAACAACCUACGUCUACUUGUGGUGGUACUUGUUGCAAGCCAAAAGAAAGGCUUUCGACUGAGCUCCCAGGCGACAACUGUGCUGGGUCCUGCUGCGAGAAACCUCAGGCUUGUCAAAUCUCCGAUGAUGACUGCUGUACCUCUAAUGCCCUCAAAGAGCACCCAGACAACAAAGUAUUUGCUAUCAAAAAGCCUACCGAUCUAGAGAAUCAGACGACAGGAAAAGAACGUGUGGUUCUCAGUAUCUCGGGUAUGACCUGCACUGGCUGCGAGACCAAACUCAAUCGAACACUAGCUACAGUUCCUGCUGUCAAGGAGCUGAAAACAAGUCUCGUUCUCUCACGGGCAGAAUUCAACAUUGACUUACGCCUCGGAUCAGUUGACGAGGUUAUCAAACACCUCGAACGAACCACAGAGUUCAAAUGCGAGAGAAUCCAAACUCAAGGUUCCAGUUUGGAUCUCGCUGUGGAUGGCGACACAUCGCAGUUCGUGAGACAGGCAUGGCCUGACGGCGUUGUUGAUAUGAUUGUUCUUGACAAGAACAAUGUUCGGGUUUCCUUUGAUCCUAAAAUUAUUGGUGCACGAGACCUUGCUGAAGGAUCAUGGGUGCCUCGCGUUAAGCUUGCCCCUCCAGUUGCGGACUCAUCUGUCGAGGCUGGAAAUAGGCAUGUUCGCCAUGUUGGUUAUAUGACUCUGCUGUCUGCAGUUCUUACGAUUCCUGUACUUGUCAUGGCAUGGGCGCCAAUCCCCGAGAAUGAGAUAGCCUACUCUUCGGCUUCACUUGCGUUGGCUACAUUCGUCCAAUUUUUCAUUGCCGGACCUUUCUAUCCCAAGGCUAUCAAAGCACUGGUUUUCUCUCGAGUCGUCGAGAUGGAUUUAUUGAUUGUCCUGAGCACCAGUGCAGCCUACGUCUUCUCAGUUGUCUCCUUUGGAUACCUCGUUGCUGGAGGGCCUCUCUCGACUGGACAAUUUUUCGAAACCUCCACUUUGCUGGUGACUUUAAUCAUGGUUGGCCGAUGGGUUGCGGCACUCGCUCGUCAGAAGGCAGUCGAGUCAAUCUCUAUUCGGUCACUCCAGGCAUCAACUGCCAUCAUCGUCGAUGAGAAGAGCGGCAUCGAGCGCGAGAUUGACAUUAGACUUCUUCAAUAUGGCGACGUCUUCAAGGUUCUUCCCGAUACAAAAAUUCCUACUGAUGGGACCGUCAUGACCGGCUCAUCCGAAGUUGACGAAUCCAUGCUUACGGGCGAGUCCCGACCCCUGGAGAAGUACCCCGGAUCUGGUGUUAUUGCAGGGUCCAUCAACGGUUCAGGUGUUAUGAUUGUGCGACUGAGUCGCUUGCCUGGUGAUAAUACCAUCAAUACGAUUGCCGCCAUGGUUGAUGAGGCCAAGCUGUCAAAGCCGAAGCUGCAGGACCUGGCAGACCGAGUGGCUUCCUAUUUUGUCCCUGUAGUAGUUGCCUUGACCAUCAUCACGUUCGUGAUUUGGGUUAGUAUUGGCCUGACAAUCCGGGGAUAUGGCGGCUCCAAGGCUACAACCGAAGCAAUCACCUAUGCCAUAGCUGUUCUCAUUGUGUCAUGCCCUUGCGCGAUUGGAUUGGCAGUUCCCAUGGUUAUUGUGAUCAUGAGCGGAGUGGCUGCUGAGAAAGGCAUCAUCUUCAAGUCGGCUGACGCUAUCGAAGUUGCUCACAAGACAUCUCAUGUCGUUUUUGAUAAGACUGGUACUUUGACUCAGGGGAAACUGUCUGUUGUUUCAAAGGAGUUCAUCGACAAACCUUCCCUUCCACUCCUUUUGGGUCUUAUCGAGAACAGCCGACAUCCAGUUUCGGUAGCUGUGGCGAGGCAUCUUAGGGAUAUAGGAAUCCAGCCUUCUACUGCAGGUGAAACAAAGAGCCUGACAGGUAAAGGUCUCGAAGCAACCGUACAAGGUCAGAGGCUCAAGGCUGGAAACUCCCGUUGGUUGGGUCUUUCAGAAGAUCCUCUCGUCUGCCCGUUGCUCGCUCAAGGUUAUACUGUCUUUUGUUUCACAGUAAAUGACGACUUGCGCGCUGUGUAUGGCCUCCAGGACGAACUCAGACACGAUGCUCUUGAUACUGUAAAGACGCUACACCUGCGUGGCCUUUCAGUCCACGUGGUCUCUGGCGACGAUGAUGAAGCUGUCCAGAAUCUAGCCACGAAACUGAACAUCCCGAGAAACAAUGUCCGCUCCCGUACUUCACCUGCUGGCAAGAAGGACUACAUGCAGGCCCUUCUUGGUAACGGAGCUGACCACAAGAAGCCAGUUGUUGUUUUCUGUGGUGAUGGUACAAAUGACGCUGUUGCUCUUGCUCAAGCCACUAUCGGCGUACACAUGAACGAAGGUACAGAUGUUGCUCAAUCUGCUGCAGACGUAGUCCUCAUGCGACCUGCUCUCGGUGGCAUUAUCACCAUGAUAGAUGCGAGCCGAAAGUCUGUCAAUCGUAUCAAGUUCAACUUUUGGUGGAGUUUUGUGUACAACACGUUUGCUGUGCUCCUCGCUGCUGGCGCAUUUGUCAACGCCAGAAUUCCACCGGAAUAUGCAGGCCUUGGAGAGUUGGUGAGCGUUUUGCCUGUUAUUCUGGCCGCAGUGCUCCUGCGCUGGUCAAAGAUAUAA